GCGCAGGAGAACCAGCCAGGGGGCCCGGCAAGUCAAUGCGCAGGGCGCAUGCGCUCGGCUAGCACUGCGGAGGGCGAGGGGAGGGAGGGGAGCGGAGCGGAGCGUGCUCCGGCAGCGACAGCUGCAUCUGCAUCCCGGGUCCCCUCCCCGGCGCCUCCUCCUCCUCCUCCUCCUCCUCCUCCUCCUCCUCCUCCGCGUCCUAGUCCAUCUCCGGCCAGGCACCGUGAGCUCCGGGUCGGGCAGCAGCCGCAGCCUAGUCUGCGCCAGUCCGCGCCAAGAGGUCACGUUGCAGCCCCUCUCUAAAGAGACUGACCAGUGAAUCAAAGGCUAAGUGGAUCCAGCCGGCGUCCUAUCUGUCUCCAUCUGGUUGGUAAAAGGGUUUGGGGGAUUCUGUAGAGGGAUCCCCAGAUACUACGUGGGACCCACGACUCCAGACUGUGAGGAUGUGACCAUAGGUGAUACUGAAGGUAACUCAGGACAAUGCCACUGGUCAAGAGGAACAUUGAGCCCAGGCACUUGUGCCGAGGCGCCCUGCCUGAUGGGGUCACCAGCGAGCUGGAAUGUGUCACCAACAGCACCCUAGCUGCCAUCAUCAAGCAGCUGGGCAGCCUCAGCAGACAUGCAGAGGACAUCUUUGGGGAGCUGUUCAAUGAAGCCAACAGUUUCUACAUGCGGAUGAACUCGCUGCAGGAAAGGGUGGACCUCUUGGUGAUUAAGGUCACACAGUUGGACUCCACCGUGGAGGAAGUGUCCCUGCAGGAUAUCAACAUGAGGAAGGCUUUCCGGAGCUCCACUAUCCAGAAUCAGCAGGUGGUAUCACGUAACUCCAUCCCCAACCCCGUGAUGGAGAUGUAUCAGCGGUGUGACAAGCCCCCGCCACUCAACAUCCUCACGGCCUACAGAGAUGACAAGAAAGAUGGCCUUAAAUUCUAUACUGACCCAUCAUAUUUCUUCAACUUGUGGAAAGAGAAAAUGCUUCAGGCCACUGAGGAUAAGAGGAAGGAGAAACGAAGGCAGAAGGAACAGCGGCUGGUAGAGGACUCCACCAGGGAGGUGAAGAAAGUGCGGAAGGCACGGAAUCGGCGCAUGGAGUGGAGCAUGAUGGCAUAUGAUAAAGAGUUCCGGCCAGAUAACAGGUUCUCGCCAUCUCCGUAUCACAUGGCCUCCUCAGAAGGAUCACUGUCCCCAGAUAAUAGGUCUUACGCAUCUGACAUCGGUGAUCACUCCUACCCAGCCAGUCCCAACCAUCCAGCCCAGCAGGUGUUGGCACCCACUCCUCAUCUGCCCAUGGAACACAAGGAGAUCAUCUUGGCUCCUAGCCAGCUCCCGGAGCUGGCGUACCGGCCCGCGGCCCCAGGAAGUCGGCAGAACAGCCUCGGCCGUGUCCAACAGCCUCAUGUGCCGCAGCCUCCGGAUCCAAUACUGAAUGGACCCAGGCCUCAAACAAUCAAGGACUAUGGGUCUCAGCCAGUGCCCAUGGCCGAUUUCUUUGUGCCACCUGCUCCGCCACCCCCGCCUCCGGUGAUCCCCUCGGCCCAGACGGCUUUCGACAGCCCCAUCUCUGCUCCACCUGCUCUCGCACCUGCUGCCACUGCCACCCUGGCCCACCCUGCCUAUACACCCUCCCCACCCCCAGCCCCACCCUGCCCAUACUCUGUCUCUCCCCCGCAGACUGGUCCCAUGGGUCCUCCUGCAGCUCCUCCUCCACCCCCUCCUGGUCCCCCAAUGGCCACGGCUUCCCCAGCCCACUCAGCCUCUCCGGGUGCUGUACUGUCUGAACACGGAAACCUCAGAUCCCGUUGAUACCAAUGAGUGAUGCCAGAAGUGAUCUUCUUGCUGCCAUUCGGAGG